GCCGAAUUAGGUUCACAAAAUUUUCUGCAGGGGGAACGAGCGAUAAGACCGAGAAAGGAGGCGAAUCGGGCAUGGCGGAGGCAAUUUUAAUUUCUUCGUCUUCGUCUUCCCGUAUUCUCUUCUCCAACACCACCGCUUCCUUCUCGCGCCUCCCCACUUUUCAUUCCCACUCUCCCCGCCGCCUUCGGCCUCCGGCUCCGCUGCAACGCAGCGGGGCCUCCGUGGCAACGGGGCCGGCGGUUACGGAGGACAAAACCCAGCCAAAGAGCGCCUUCCAGAUCCAAAACCUCACCACGUGGCUGCUGAUGCAAGAACAGGCUGGCCACAUCGACGCCGAGCUCGUCAUUGUCCUCUCCAGCAUCUCGCUCGCCUGCAAGCAGAUCGCGUCCCUGCUCCGGACGUCCAGCAUCGUCAAACUCACCGGAACUCAGGGCACCGUCAACGUCCAAGGCGAAGACCAAAAGAAGCUCGACGUCAUCUCCAACGAGGUUUUCUGCAAUUGCCUGAGAUCCAGCGGGCGAACGGGGAUCAUAGCGUCGGAGGAGGAAGAUGAACCGGUUGCAGUUGAAGAGACCUACUCCGGCAACUACAUUGUUGUAUUUGACCCCAUUGAUGGAUCCGCCAACAUCGACCCUUCCUUGACCACUGGUUCAAUUUUCGGCAUAUACGGCCCUGACAAGCAAUGCCUCAUCGACAUUGAGGAUGAUUCCACUCUUGAUCAAGAUAAAGAGAAGUGCAUCAUCAGCGUGUGCCAACCGGGAACCAACUUGCUGGCGGCUGGGUACUGCCUCUACUCAAGCGCAACGGUCUUCUCUCUCUCAAUAGGCAGAGGCGUCUUCGGCUUCACCCUGGACCCUGCCUAUGGGGAAUUCGUCCUAACCCACGACAACAUACGGAUCCCCAAAUCAGGGAAAAUCUACUCUUUCAACGAGGGCAACUACGAUCUGUGGGACGACAAACUCAAGAGUUACCUCGACCACCUGCGGCAGCCGUCCGAGAACGGGAAGCCCUAUUCCGGCCGGUACUUAGGAUGUCUGGUCGGAGAAAUCCACAGGAUGCUGCUCUGCGGCGGCAUCUACGGCAACCCCAAGAACAAGAAGAGCAAGAGCGGGAACUUGAGGCUGCUGUACGAGUGUGCGCCGAUGAGCUAUUUGGUCGAGCAAGCUGGUGGCAAAGCGACCGACGGCCAUCGGAGGAUACUGGAGAUCAAUCCAGAGCAGGUAGAUUCACCAGCGGACGCCCAUUUUCAUAGGAAGCCCAGAUGAAAUGGACAAGCUAGAGACGUACUUGGCUUGAAAACAUAAGCAUCUCCUCCUCAGCCUAACUGUGUGCUGUCUCAUGAUUAGUAUAUUACCAAGUUUGAAUUUGAAGCGCAUAUGUCUUUACAAAUUCUGGGUAAACUAUUCACUAUUGUUCUUCUAAUUGAAUAUCAUUCCACAAUCAACAUUGAAGACAAUACACCCGACUAUGAUCAUGAAUGAAUGGUAAAUAAAUUUGUUUA